UUCAUACGUUUCUUCCAUUUUACCUACAAUGGAAGAGUUUUUGAAAGAAGUAGACGAAAAUGAAGGGACAGACUAUCAUUAUCAAGAUUUUUUAGAAAAGUUUAAAGCACAACGAGUAUCAGUAAAAAAUUUAAUGAAAUUAAUGAUUGAAGACUUCAAACAAUGUGGGGUUGAUAUUGUUGAGAAAUGA